AUGAUACCCCCGACGUUUGUCCAAGAGUAUGCGGCCCCCGCCAGGAAGUUGAAACCCAAGAUCUCUACGGGCUCUGCGCUCAGCGAGAGCCAAGUCCCUGCGCUCCUCGCCCUCGUGCAGCUGGAUGGGUUCUCCUUCGCCGCAGCUGUGUGGUACUACAACACACAUUGCACGGACUCGCAGUGGUGGCCAGAACAACAGACGGGUGUCAAUGAUCAGCGGGUGCAGUAUUGGGCGAACGGGUUCCUGGCCUUAGGGGUACCGGUGAAGGAGUGA